AAACAUAUACCUCUAGGCAGUUUGCAUUUUAAUUAAAGUGAGAAGAGAAAGGUACAGCAAUAGAACAGAUCUGGAAAAGAAGCAGUCUGGUUACAUUUAAGAGACAAAACAGUGCCACAAACAGAAAAAUAAAAAUAAGGCAAGAUAGUCAAAUUAAUUAUAUUCUGUUCUUGGAUUCAUCGUAAUUUGCCAAAGCUACUCUGACUAGGGCUGUGCCAUGCAGUUAUAGUACAUGAUAUUGACUUCAUUUGCAAAAGAAGAAGUUGUUGCUGGGGAGGGGGUGGAGGAUUCUGCCCUCCAUCGGCAGCUAGGAAUCCUAGAAUCACCCUGUUGAAAAACACAAAGAACUGCAUCUUUGUGACUUGUUUUCUUCAUUUCUAUCUUGCACCAAAUCAUACUACAUGGAAAGUGAAAACAACACUGGACUGACCUAUUUCUACUUUCAUCCCUUUUCAACCAUCCCAGAGGUGAGAUUGUUGAUGUUUGUUUUUUUCCUAGUUUUGUUCCUGCUCAGUCUUUUGGUGAAUCCUGCUGUCUUACUCGGUGUGCACAAUGAACGCUCCCUCCACACACCCAUGUAUUUCUUCUUGUCGAGCUUGGCCAUGCUGGAAAUAGUCUAUUCUUUUGUCCUUGCUCCCCUUACCCUAGCCAACCUCCUCUCUGCAAAGAAACCCUCCAUCUCCUUGCCUGGGUGUGGCACCCAGAUGUUUUUCUUCAUCUUCUUGGGAAGCAGUGACUGUUUCUUGCUAUCCGUCAUGGCUUAUGACCGCUAUGUGGCCAUCUGCCAACCUCUGCGCUAUUCAAGCAUUAUGAGCUGGAAGGUGUGCACUGCCCUUGUAGCUGGGACCUUCACCAUAUGCUGCUUGUUUGGCAUGCAGAUCACUAUCUUGAUAUUACGCCUCCCAUUCUGUGGCAACCAUGAAAUCAAUCACUUUUUCUGUGACUUCCCGGCUGUCCUAAAACUAGCCUGUGGAGAUACUCAUGCUCAUCAUGCCACAUUCUUCAUCAUCUGUGCCAUUGUCAUGGUUAUUCCAUUUCUCCUAAUCUUGAUCUCUUACAUCUUCAUAGUGAGGGCCAUCUUGCGAAUUAGCACCACUUCUGGUCGGCAACGGGCUUUCUCUACUUGUUCCUCUCACUUGAUGCUUGUCAUUAUGCAGUACGCCUGUGCCAGCGUAACAUACCUGCGGCCUGGCUCCAGGUACUCAUCACAGGAAGGUCAGGUGGUGUCUAUAUGCUAUACCUUUGGCACACCCGUGUUAAACCCCCUGAUCUAUACCAUGCGGAACAGGGAGUUAAAAGAUGCACUGACCAAAAUCCUGAGAAAGUAUCUGCUGUGCAAAUGA